AUGGUGAACAAGCUAUUAUCUAGAGCAAUGAUGAGCAGCGAGACUCCCGUUGUCUAUUCCAUGACGUUCAACUCCCCGUCUGACACUUCGGCGCAUUAUAUCCUUUCUUCCUCAGAGUCCCAAGGAUUCCACUGGAAUCAAGACCUGUUUGCGUCCCAAUACCAGCAAAUGUGCAAAGUGGUGUAUGAUGGUCAUGAGGAUGAGCUGGAGUUACUUCUUCAGAAGGUUCGAGACACUGUGGAACGGCAUGAUGAACCUCCAAGGUACCACGACGUUUUCGAUCGGGACAACGAGGACAUAGAAAGUGAGGAUACAUUAGUGCGCAGGAGACUUUCUGAAGAAAUGACGCGUCCCAGACGACGUUCGGAGCGAAGCAUUAGCUUUGUUUCGGAUUCAAAAAAUGGCCAUUAUCGUAGGGCUGAGACCGUCGUCAUCGAUGUUGAGACGGACACACCAGAAAACCUCCAUUUGAAGUCGCUGGUAGGCAAAUUUUGA